CCGUUUCCCACAAGGCUCCUCUCUCCCCGUGUGGCUGAGGCGGGGUGGGGGUGGGGACGCUGCUUCUGUCCGAGCCUUCGCAAUGGCCUUCCCAGCGCCCAGGUCCCAGCUCUAUCGCUGGCAGCGCCUCACCACCGCGGCCAGGCCCAAGCCAAAUUUUGACUCUGAUAAUGUGGAGCACUGGAUCAAGCGAGUGGAACAAGCCUCUAGGUUUGCUGUUUCUGAAGCUUUUUCCCUUAAAAAGUCAGCUUAUCGUCAAAGGCCAUAUGGUCCUGUGAUGGAUCUGGAAACAGUAGAGCAGCUGCAGGAUCAUGAUGAGGCUUAUGCAGAAGCCCAGGAGCUGCUCAGUGAUUGGAUGAAUUCCAAACUGAGACUGGAGCUAGAAAGUGACCAAGAAGAGAAUGUUGGAGAUGCUGCUGCUGCUGCUGCUGACUCUACUCCUGUUGAAGAGACCCCUGCUGGCUUUCUGAAGUACGAGAGGUUUGAUGAUUUGUGUAGUUAUCUGGAACAAGAAAUGGAAAGUACCACAGUUCAAGAUUUUCUGCAGAAUCUUCUGCAAAAUGAAGUGGUAGAUAGUGGGAUAUUGGAAGACCUCAGGAUUGAAGAAAUCAAAGAAAAGAAAAAAACAAGGGACCCACGAAUUACCAUGGAGCUAAGACACAAGCAGGUUAAAGAAAACUGUUUAAGGCGUCAGAAGGAGGUAGAGCUCCAGAGACGAGAAAAGAUCCUGAAAAAACUAGCCCUGGCUGAGGCCAAGCAGCAAGUGCAGGAGGAGAACAAAAGGCAGACUUUGAAGGCCAGGAAGGAGGAGGAGGAGAUCCAGCGGGAGAUGGUGAAGCUGCGAAAGAAGAUGGCAGAGAAGAGGCACAUCAUGGGAGAAGCACAAAGAAUAGAGAGGAAGAGGCAAGAAUUAGAACAAGCUCAGAAACUGGCAGUGGUGGGUCUGUCUCACACUACUCCAAAGCCCCUGAAGCAGGAAAAAGAGGAGAAACAAAGGAGAUUGCAAGAGCUGCUGAGCAAGAUUUACAGUGAAAACCAGAGAUGCCUACAGCAGCAUUUCUCCGCUUGGUACAAAUUCAUUCUGGAUUGUAGGAUUAAAAUGGGGAAAGCCAGGGCCCUUGCUGACUGGAAGUGCCAGCUGAAGGCCCUGCGAGCCUGGAGGGACUAUACAUGGGUCCAGAAGUUGGAGCAAGAGACCGAGCAGUUGGAGACUCAUCUCAGGGAUCAAAACAGGAAAAAACAGUUGGCUAUUGAGCAUAACCGGAAACAAGUUUUACGGUGCUGCUUCAUAGAGUGGCAGCUCUGGAGCCGAGCUGAGGCUGAAAAGAGAGAGCUACAGCUGAGACAGGAGGAAAUUAGGAAUAAGAUGGCGCAGCUGCUGGAGGCAGCAUCAGUGGGGAAACUUGGGACAGACGGAUCAUGGGAUGUCGGCAGGACCAGGAUGAGACAGGUGACCCCGGAUCAACCUGUCAGGCAAGAGGGGGUAACUGAAACGGCCCUUCUUCAGGAGGAGCCCAUCAAUCCUGCAGAACCCUGUUGUCGGGAUGCUGGUCAGACCCCUAGUCUUCGUUCAUGCAAGAAGCCCAAGUAUGCCUGGCAGGUUACCCUACAACAUGUUGCUGUGAAUUCACAGAAUCACGCCAAAUCCAGUAAUCAAACAGUUAGUCCCAUACAAUGGUUUGGGGCACCUGGCAAAAAAGUGGCCCCUGCCUUCAGGGGCCACUUUGAGCACCGCCAUGCCUUCCAGCAGCAGCUGAUUGAGGAGCAGAGGAGGCAGCUUCAAGAACAGCGGGAGGUGAUCCUCGAACUGCAGGGAAACCAACGGCUGAGGAGGGCUAAGCAAGAGGCGGAGCAAGCCACAGCUGUCACCAUGGAACUCAACAAUCCAGUCCUAAAAACUAAGGAAAAAAUGCUAAAGAGAGGGGAUCCGUCAAGCUGCCAGAGUGUGUCAUCUUUAAGUUCACCUGUGCCUUUGGGGCCAGAGAGCACAAAGACAGUGACCCGAAGCAGGAGGAGCUCAAAUCUACUGACCUCAGCUCAUCCCAUACUGAAAGCCAUGGAAGAGAGAGCAAUUCACCGAGCAGAACGGAGGAGGGAACUGGAAGAGGCCAAGAGAAAAAGAGAGGAGGAGAAACUGAUGCAGCUGAAGGCUGAAGAGGAAGAGCGUCAGAGGAAGGAGGCUGCUGAAAAAGAGGCCCAGCUGGAGAAGAGGCAGGAGGAGAGGAGACAGCAGAAAUUGAAACAACUGGAGAAGCAGAGAAGGCUGGAGAAAGAGCAGCAGCUCCUGGCAAAAGCCAGAGACCAUUACAAGAAGGUCCUGCUGAGAAAGCGGGGGCUGGAGCCCUGGAAGAGGCUGAGGGAGCAAGCCAAGGAAAACAUGGUGAUGGCACAAAAGCACCACUGCUCAGGAUUGCAAAGAAAGUGCCUGCUGGCCUGGCUCUGGCACGUCCAGGAGAGCCUCACUGAGAAGAUGGCUCAGGCUGAGGAAUUCUCUUCCCGCAUGUUACUCAGAAGGGGCUUCAGGAGCUGGUUAAAGUACAAGGAUUAUCUCUCUGCCCUGGAAAAGAGAGCUAGCAGGCUUUAUGCAGCCUCUCUCAAGAAGAAGUUGUUGUGGGCAUGGUUUGACCUGCUCAACGAGGAGAAGAGUGCAUUAUGGGAAAAGCAGAAGAUCGCAGCUGACCACAGUGAUAGGAGAAUAACACUGACCAUGUUCAGGGCCUGGAGGCAGUACCCAACACUGAUGAAGGAGGAAAGAGAGAAAGAGGCAAGGAGAGAGCAGCUACGCAAGAGAGUAGCCGAAAUUCUCCCUGACUUCCGAAGAUGACAGGAAGGACUCUGGGCAUCGCUCCCUCCUGGAUGAGCAGAGUGGACCUAAGUGGAAGGAUUCAGCUAGUAAUGUGAGCUCACCCCUGUGAAUGACAGGAACUCUUCCUGGUUUGGUGCAGUGGGGGCAAAGGGGGCGUUCUAGGGCCCAUGGCCACUUGUGUUUCAAGUGCCACUUCUAACAUUCAGUCUAACCUGAGUAUGACAGUGGAAACUGGACUGUUAGAGUCACACUGUAGCCACCAGGCUGCUUUCCCACAGUGAGAACAUGCCAGGGCAACACCCUGUCAGAUGGGCAGUGAGUGGGGCUAGAGCACGAGAAUCAAGGCAGGAUAAAUUCCAGGCCAGAUGCAAACCUUGCUUCCAAACCUCCCCAGGGAUUUUUGCUGCCUUUAGCAUAGGACUGUCGAAUUGAGACACUGAACUUCCCCCCUAAGGGACAGGAAGCGCAGAACCGGAACGUGCCUUUUCGUGCUGGAGCAGAGCCCUGGAUGCCUUUCUGUUGUCAGUACUCUCCUCUUGUGGUUUGACACAAUGUGGCUGUAUCUGCAAAUACAUUGAGUCCUUUUACCCUCAAAGAGA